UCCACUAUUAUGGCCCCCAUCCUCCCCAUCGACAACCCCACCCUCCCCUUCUGGCGCACGGAGCUCGACGAACUCGACACUCUCCGCACCACCGCCUCCCUCCCCGCCGAAAGCGACAUCGUCAUUAUCGGGGCUGGCUACGCGGGGGUGACUCUCGCCUACUACCUGCUUAAACAACUCGGCCAUGAGACCAACACCACCACGCCGAAAAUCACUCUCCUUGAUGCUCGACAGAUAUGCUCUGGCGCUACGGGGAGGAAUGGCGGCCACCUCCGCCCCGACAUCUACGGCCAUAUCCCCACCUACAUUGAACGACACGGCCUCGACUCCGCCAUCGAGAUUGCCGAAUUCGAGUACGCCCACAUGCAAGCCCUAAAGGAUCUGUUGGUGGAGGAGCAGAUCUCCUGCGACUUCAACAUCACGCGCAACAUGAACGUGUAUCUCAGCGAGGAAGGCGGGGAGCGCGCGCGCCAGGCUUACGAGAAGUUGUUAGCGCAGGGGGUGGCUGUGGCGAGGGAUUUGCAUUAUACUUCCGCAAAGAAUGCUGAGGGGAUAUCAGGGGUGAAAGGCGCAAAAGCCUGCCUCUCCUACACCUCCGGCACGCUAUGGCCGUAUAAACUCAUCCUGGGUUUGCUGCACAGGAUCGCCGGGUCGCCGGCGUUGAACGUCCAGGCGCAGACCCCUGUGACGGCGGUGACUCCCAGUGGAGAGGGUGGACAUCUCAUCCACACGCCCCGGGGCGUCCUCCGCGCCGGCAGAGUCGUCUACGCGACCAACGCCUACACGGCUGGUCUGCUGCCGGAGUACGCCAAGAACAUCGUGCCGUGUCGGGGCAUCUGCUCCCACAUCGCUUUGCCAGCCGGUCACGACGCGCCGUUUCUGCCCUACUCGUAUGUGGUGGUCACGAAGGAGGGCGGCGGGGGCAGUUAUCUGAUCUCCAGGCCGGAUGGGAGUAUUAUCGUCGGCGGGGCGCAUUUCACGUUCAAGAAGGAGAAGGAGCUGUGGUAUGGGGUUGUGGAUGACGGGACGCUGAUCGAGCCGACGCAGCAUUACUAUGAUGAUUUCAUGCAGAGGACGUUUAAAGGAUGGGAGAAGAGUGGGGCGUAUGUUAAGGAGAUUUGGACGGGGAUUAUGGGGUAUUCGUACGACUCGCAUCCGCAUAUUGGGCAAGUCCCAAACAAGCCGGGCCAGUAUAUCUGCGCGGGUUUUAAUGGACAUGGCAUGCCGGUGGUGUUGCUCAGCGCCAAGGGGCUGGCAGAGAUGAUUGCGACGGGGAAGACGUUCGAAGAGACGGAGACGCGCAUGCCCCGGGUCUUCAAGACAAGUGCGGAGAGGAUCCAUAAGGCGCAGACGGGGCCGGAGGGAGGCGAUAUCCUUGGAAAAUAGUCUGGUCAUAUCGACAUAGACAUAGACACCUUACCCAUAUUACAGGUGCACCCGCUGCUUCAACCCGAUGCUACAUCCAUCUGUCAAUGCACCAUCGAGUUCAAAAACUCACUCAUCCAAUCAUC